CUGUUGCCCGGACUAACCCAUUCAGCAUCCACGUCCCACACAGCCUGACACAGAGGAGUGAGACGGCUCACUGAGCGCGACGCGGAAAAGUGAGAGGAGAGGUGGAACAUUCACGCACAGCCUUUUUAGUCUGGAUUGUUUUGGCGCCUCUUUAAACUCCACCUUGGAUCGUUUCGGACAUUUGUCUGCACCGUUUUUCCUCGUGGAUUUUGAUUUUGUAUUUAUUUCAGCACUUAAUUAAAUGGCAGCUCGGAGUAUGAUUCCCUCGCACCUGCUCCUGCUGAUGUUUAACUAUGUCCUGGGUGCUGCAUCAGUUAGGAUCAUCAAAGGGGGCUCUGGAAGCGCACGGGACAGCUUCAUCCAGCCCUCAUCGGACCCUUUCUCAGAUGACCUGGACCAGGACAUGGUCUCCCAGCACAUGUCAAAACUGUACGAGAAAUACAACAGGGGAAACCGCCUCAGAGAGGGAAACACUGUGAGGAGUUUCAGAACCAGCCAAGACUCCUCUGAGGACAGGACGACGUACCAACUGAACCUUACAACCCUCCAGGACUCAGAGGUCAUCCUCUCUGCCACAUUCCACUUCCUGCUCGAUCGGCGCCCUCAUCAAAAACCCUGGUUCUGUAAACGCUUCAAAAGCCCUUCCUGUCGUUCCUCAGCCGUCCACCCUUCUCCGUCCAUCAGCCUGCUCCUUCGCUCUGUAUCCUCUGGGUCAGAGGUCAGAUCUGGGUCAAUGGGGUCACUUCUAGGCAAUGUGACCUUCCACCCCCACAGGAGAGGGGUGUGGCAGAUGAAAGAUGUGACCCAGGUCAUAAAGGAGGCCAGGGACAAGGGUCAACUCCUGGUGUCAGUGGAGUUGGACUACCAGAGGAAACCAGAGGGGGCGCUGCAUGGUGGGAGCCUGCCAUAUCUGUUACUGUAUGCUAAUGACCAAGCCUUGGCAGAGCCCAACAGCAUGGCUGCAAGCCUUCAGAGAUAUGACCCGUUCAGCGACGGAGGAGAGCCCUCACGUUCCUCUCACAGACCUAACUCCUCACCAGAGUCAAACGGACGAGAGAGAAGGGAAGCAGCUCUGCUCUCUGAGCCCAUCCAGAACAAUGAGCUGCCAGAGGUUGACUACAGGCCUGAUGGGUACAGUAAGGAUGACCUCUGGGAGAGCACUUGGUACCUGGCACUCAAACCUAAAUCAGGAAGGAAGGAAAAGAAGAGAAAGAGCCAGGAGGAUGAAGAAGUGGAUCAAGGUAGAGGAACCAGUGUUAAAGAAGACCCUCUGGUUCUCAAAGAAGGAGAAAGAAAAUCACAGGUGCUCAAAGCUGAUGACUCAGCCGAGAAAAAAAUCAAAGACAGUCGCAUGCCGACUACCAGUGACGGACGAAAGCAUGAGUGGAGAAACGAGGGGAAGGAUGGAAAAAGGCACAACGCGAGCGCUAACUCUCAGUCACCUGUUCUGAGUUUUGAUGAACAAACGAUGCGUAAGGCCAGAAGGAGGCAGUGGGGCGACUCCCAGCACAGAGGCUGCUCCAGGAGGAACCUCAGAGUGGAUUUUGCAGACAUUGGCUGGAGCGAGUGGGUUAUAGCCCCCAAGGCCUUUGAUGCCUACUACUGCACUGGCACAUGUGGCUUCCCCAUGCCCAAGGUGGCGAGGCCGUCUAACCACGCCACCAUCCAGAGUAUAGUCCGUGCCGUUGGGAUCAUCCCCGGAGUUCCUGAGCCCUGCUGCGUCCCAGAAAAGAUGAGUCCUCUGGCUGUGCUCUACCAAGAUGAAUCCAGGAAUCCAGUGCUUAAGGUUUACCCCAAUAUGUCCGUCCAGUCCUGCUCCUGCAGAUAGGAAGGGUGUGGUCAAUGGUGGCAGAGGACAAAACAGGGUUCACGUGGAGAGAAACAGAACACAGGACUAAGGGAGACAGAACCAUACCUCUGUUUUUUAAGUGGUUUCUUGAUUCUGACAAACAAAGUCACUUUGGCUGCCAUUAUUCCUCGAGGAACAUAGACUGUAGAGAAAUCACUUCCAUCUCUUCUGCCCUGCGGCAGCAGACUUGAAGAGGCACAUUGUCUGGCGUCUGGCUUAGGAAGAGGAACAGAGACACACGUGUAAAGUCAAGGCUCCACAUGUCUAAGAAACUCAGUUGUUUUGAUUCUGUGUUUGAGAUAAUAUUGAAGAGUUCAUGGACAGGAGCAUUUUUCCUUUUAUCUCAGAAUAUACUUGCUUUUCAAACAGCUCACAUUGACUUUGUGUUCAUGUUUUCUUUGGACACGAAGGCUAUAAAUAAAAGACUUUAUCAAUGUGUCAUCGGGCAGCUUACUCAGUCUCACACAGAUGACAGAGAUUAUGAAACAUAUUUCUUCAUUUUCGCAUACUGUGUGCAUCUGUUCUUACUUUUAAACAAACCAUACUCCACAUUGUACAUACAUGCAAUGCUCAUUUGUUUGCAAGAAUGGAAGGUCAUUGUACAUUCUUGCUUUGUAUAUCUUAAAAAGGGAAUAUCCAACGGAUGGUAGAGAGCAUCUGGAAUUCAUUUACACCCACCAACUCCCGCAUAACACUUCAAGAAUGUUAUAAUGAAACCAGAAAUAUUUUUAUAUUUUGAAUGUGAAACUUAAUAAUUUGUCAUGGUUACUAGGUUAUGUAUUACUAUAUUUUAGACGAGGUGUUGUUUUGUACAUGUGUAUUGUUUAAAUUAUGAAAAAGGUAGCCUUCUAUAAAUUAGAAUAAAAAAGUAAUUUAAUCCAAUUCUCGUGGUAGAAUGUUAUUGUUCCAUACACUUUGUGUUAUUCUUGGUCAUUACUGCGUAUAACUUUUGAUUCUGAGGGGGGGACUUUUUAGUCAAAACAAACCUAAAAGGGCACCACUGUUCCAAAAUCACUUUGUACAAAAGCAGGAAGGUUCCACUCAAAGAUAGCCAACAUUCCCCGAAAGCCCCCUUGAACUCAUUUUUACCCCACGCCAAAGGCUCAGACGUCUGUUGUCCAGCAAAUAAUGUGGCUGAUGCAGCUGCUGUGGAUUAAUGCUUGAUGGAGGAAACAGGCACGCACCUAUUAGGACGUCAGCCACUUGAACAUUAAAACAUGGUGCACUUCCCCUUGUCUACCCCUCCAUUCAGCAAAACAUUUCCAAGUGCAGAACGUUUUUAAACAGAUGGUUUCAGGCAGAUUCCAACCACAUUAAAUCAACUGCUCGUCAAUUUUAUUCUUAAGAGGAAGAAGGUGGCCCAUGUGGUGACAAACCGACAGUUAAAUGACAGUGUGAGCCUUUUGAUUAUCAUCUCAUUACUCUGCGGCUGUUCUGCCUUGAGCCUGAAGAAGUUGGCCCAGAGUACCACAUCUGUUUCUAACAACAGAAUGCUCUCAAGUUCAAGACUAGACAGUCAUUUUGUCUCAAAGAAAGAGACAUUUAAUAGUGACUUGGGGGGAAAGGAACACAAGAUUGAGCCCUUAUACAGUUUAUUGCAGUCGAGAAUAAUUCUAGAAGUCUUUUGGCUGUCGUGCAUGGAGUCACCUGUUUUCAUCUCUAAAGCUAAACUGUGCCACCCCUUCUGUCUGCUUUGCUUUGUCCAUUAGAUAUACAGACACUAUAAAAAGUAUUCACCCUC